CUUUUAGCAGCAGCAGCGGCGGGAGCAGCAGCAGCGCUGGUUCUGUGGCUGGAGACGGGAGCGGUUUUCUCUCGCUCUUUCUCUCUCCCCCCUCCCUCCUCUCCUCCUCCUCCUCCUCCUCCUCCCCACCUUCUUGAUCCAGCCCCGGAGCGGAGCGAGCGCAGUCGACCCAGCAGGCGCCCGCCGGCCCGGCCUAGCGCCUCAGCGGACCCAGGUUUUGAGGUGCCUUCUGACUUUGUGAAAGGCCCUGCUGUUCCUUUCCCCCUACUAAAUCAGUUGCCUUGCUGCUUAUACCAUUGCUGGCCAACAUGGAAAAGACCGAGAUGAUUCAGAAAGCCAAGCUGGCUGAGCAGGCGGAGCGUUAUGAUGAUAUGGCUACCUGCAUGAAGGCAGUGACAGAGCAAGGUGCUGAAUUAUCCAAUGAAGAACGCAAUCUUCUCUCUGUGGCGUACAAGAAUGUGGUUGGGGGAAGACGCUCUGCUUGGCGAGUGAUCUCUAGCAUUGAGCAGAAAACUGACGGAAAUGACAAGAAGAUGCAGCUUGUCAAGGACUACCGAGAGAAAGUGGAGUCUGAACUUAAGUCCAUCUGCACUACAGUUCUGGAGUUGCUGGACAAGUACUUAAUAGCUAAUGCAACUAACCCAGAGAGCAAGGUGUUCUAUCUGAAGAUGAAGGGAGACUACUUUCGAUACCUGGCGGAGGUUGCCAGCGGAGAUGACAGAAAACAAACAAUAGAAAAUUCACAGGCGGCUUAUCAGGAGGCAUUUGACAUCAGCAAGAAAGAGAUGCAACCCACACAUCCAAUUCGUUUAGGCUUAGCGCUUAACUUUUCCGUAUUUUACUAUGAGAUCCUCAACAACCCAGAGCUGGCUUGCACAUUGGCAAAGACAGCUUUUGAUGAAGCCAUUGCAGAACUUGAUACGCUGAAUGAAGACUCGUACAAAGACAGCACUCUCAUCAUGCAGUUGCUUAGAGACAACCUCACAUUAUGGACAUCAGACAGUGCAGGAGAAGAAUGUGAUGCUGCAGAAGGUGCAGAAAACUAAACUGCAUAUGGAGUGUCAUUCCCCUUCUCAAGAAACCUUUUUACACGUCUCAUUCCUUAUAGCUCCACUUGGAUUUCCUAUAGCAAAGAGAAGCCAUCCAUGUGUAUGGAAAUCAAUUUAUAGUCUUUUCACACUGCAGCUUUGGGAAAACUCCAUUCCUUGAUUUGUGUUUUGUCCUGGCCUUCCUGGUGUGCGUUUACUGCUGUAGAAAAGUAUUAAUACUGGCUUAAUUUCCAUAUAAACAUAAGUAACUUCCAAACACUUAUGUAGCGGACUAAAGUUUCUGGUAUUUAAAAAGAAAUCUGAACCAGUUCCUGCAAGCAACUGUGGUGGUUUUUUUUUUUUUUUUUGGUUUUUUUUGUAUUACAGUGAUGAAAUGAAAAUGUAGUUAAUGCAACUAAAGAGUGUUCAACACAGUUCAAUUCUCCACAUUCCCUUUUUAUUCUGCAGGGGUUUCUUGGUGAUUUGACUUUCCCGUGCUACUGUGUAUUCGUUUCUGUAGGAUCUGGGGUGUCUUGGGCCAAAUGGGAAGCAUGGCAGAGUGGCUUCCUAUAUGUGUGUACAGCAGGAGCUACUGAGUGUUUUAAAUACAGGGAUUCUUCUUACUCUUCAGUUGCUGCUGUUCAACUGCUAUCCCCUCCCAAUAAAAUUUCACUUACACUCCUGCCUUUGUAGUUCUGGUAUUCACUUGAUUAUGUACUAGAAGCAGCAUGUUACUGCCAGAAUACAGGGAGUGCCUUUUUGGCAGACUAAAUUGCAUGUCAUUUCUUAACACUGGAAUGGGGGUGGGGGGAAGAGGUCAUAUGUCCGAGUAUAAAACUUUUCCAUGCAGAUUUGUGCACAUGUAUGAAGGUGUCAAGUUCGUCCAGUGAUUGUUCCUUAGAUAGAUGGACCACUAUUGUGUGUUGCUAAUCAUUGAUUGUAGUCCCAAAAAAGCCUUGUGAAAAUGUUAAUGCCCUAUGUAACAAAAUAACAUUAAAUAAAAUUACAUUUUAUAAACCACUAAA